ACUCCAUUAGCGGGUCAACAUAUCGCAAGUGGAUUAGCGGGUGUAUUAAUAGAAAUAGGUAUACUUGCUCAUUAAUAAAGCUGUCCGCUCCGAAAUCUUGGAUGGAAACGGAACACUGAGGGUGACACGAAGAUAUUGAAGAUAGAAAUGGAGCACUACUGGAAAUAUCUUCUAUUUUUAAUAAUCAUUGGCACGAUUGUAUCACAGUAUGGUGUAAGAAGUGCAACCUUGGAUGACGUUGUUCAACUACAGACCGAUUUGUUCACAAAUUACUCGGUCAACCACAGGCCAAUCACCAACCACACAGAUACGUUAAACGUAAGCGCAGGCGUAUUCCUCAUUAAUAUACUUGAACUUGAUGAUGUAUCUGGGGUUAUUGAGAUAAACUUCGUCCUCUCCCUGCAUUGGACUGAUCACAGACUAUCAUGGACUCCCAGCUCUUACGGCGGACUGACUACACACACUCUGCUGCCAUCCUAUGUCUGGUGUCCAAAGAUAUAUUUGCUGACAACAGCUGAUGAACUUGAGUCAUUUACUGGUCCAAACUUUCCUGUCAUUGUGGAGUCAAAUGGAAACGUACAGUGGCUUCCUGGAAAAUUAGUGAAAUCUUCAUGUCGGGUUGACAUAACACACUUUCCGACUGACACUCAGACUUGUACAUUUAUUAUCUCCCCUUGGGGGUUCUCUCCUUCGGAGUUGUAUCUGACCUUUCUGAGCAGUACACUUUUCUUACAGUAUGCCAGACCAAAUGGGGAAUGGGAAAUCGUUUCGACAUUAGUGAAACAAACCUCAGUGUAUGAGCCAGUAAUAUCAGCACUUCACAUUAGCUUGACACUCCAAAGAAGAUCAACAUAUUUCAUUGUAUCUUUAGUCUUACCGAUCGUCAUACUCAUAACUAUUACGUCGGCCACUUUCCUGAUACCCAUCUCUUCCGGCGAGAGGACUUCAUAUGCUAUUUCAAUGUUACUGGCACUAACACUCUACUUGAGCUUGAUUUCAGAUAGUAUCCCACAAGUGUCGGAGCCAGUGCCAGGCAUAUCCUUUUUUGUCACCCUGUCACUCUUCGCCUGCUCUGGACUUCUACUGCUUUCUUUAUACACACUCAAAUUAGAUUUAGUGCAAUCCCUCGAUGGAUUUCCAGCAUGGAUUGUCAGUUUGAAAAGGUUUUUUAAAAGAUUUAGCUGUAAGAGUUGUUCAAGUAACAAAACCAGUCAGGUAGAAAAAUUAAAAGAAAAUUGUGACGCAUCAGUGGAUGACACAAAUUUUGGAAAGACUUCCGAUGAUGUCUCGGUGAAAAGUUUCGAUAAUGUUUCAUUAGACCAUGAUAACGAAAGAGACCAAAUUACGGUGUCCGAUGUGAAGGAGUUUUUUGAUAUGUUCCUCUUUAUCACUACCACUGCCUUCGGUAUAAUCACGAUCAUUUUCUACUUUGGAGCUUAUGUCAAAGCAUAAUAACUAUAGUACAGUACAUACUGUCAUGUUUAUCAAUUACAUAUAUGUAUAUCUUGUUUAAAAAAAAAAAAAAUUCAUUUGAAUACUGAAUAAUUAUAUCUUUUUUUUUUUUUUUUUUUAUUUCAAUACGAUUUUUAACCACUUUUUAUGGAAAAAACCCCCCAAAAAACAACUCAUCCCGUUAAAGAGUGUGAAGUUCUAUCCUUAAUAUCAUUACAACAAAACAUGCAUUACCUCUUAUGUAAAUAAUAGCUGUCACAUGGAAUUUCAUUGUUAAACUGGGGAUUUUCAAAAACUGCUGGCAUUAUCAAAUAAAACCAAAGACAGUGUGAGCAACGGGUCGGUUGUUAUCCUGGAGUGAAAUUUGUGAUUUGCUGAAAUCCUGUAAACUUGGUUAGAAUUAAACCGAUACGUUCUAUGUAUAUACUAGAAAUGCUGUGUAUCCUCUUGAUCUGGGUCCUGUUGUACAUAUCAGUGUCAAUGUAUACUUGUAAUGCUGAGUUAUUGUGUCCAAUAAAAUAGUCACUUGUACUGAAA